UAGAGUCUAGACACAAACUACUAGAAAAUAGAGUCCAAGCACCUUAUUUUUUAACUCCUUUUUCGGAUCUUGAGGCAUUUAGAUCUGAGUUUAAACUAUCACACACACACACACACACACACUUUUGUAUCCAAAAUGCACAGUGAUGGUACCAACAAUAAUCACUCAGCUGAAAUGUCCUUCAGAAUUACUAAGGAUGAUAGGUUCUUCUCUAGGCUAAUGGCCAAGGAAACAUCCACUCCAAACUCUUCUUCAAGGAUCUUCUACUAUGGAGAAACAUCAAUUACAGUUCCAUUCAUGUGGGAGGAACAACCUGGUACCCCCAAACACCCUUUGUCGGAUACAUCUCUUCCACCUCUUACACGCCCUCCUUCUUAUUUUUCAUCUUCUAAGUCCAAUAAUGCCAAAAGAAGGAACUUAAAGACCAAUGUUUUUUCAAGCAUUUUGCCACGGUUUGGAGGCCCAAAAAAGUCUCAUGUGUCACCACCAUCAUCUUGCUCACCAUCUUCAUCCUCAUCUUCUUCAUCUUCUUGGUCAUUAGCUGAUUAUUCAUUACCCUCAUUCUCCAUGAGAGACAAAGAUCAAGAAGGUCAAGAAAGCAGCUCGUUCUCAGGCUCAAAAUCUCUUUUCAAAUAUAAACGUGCCAAUGGAUUUAGAGGCUGCUAUCCUUUUGGAAUAGGAAAGAAAUCAACUGUAAGCCAUGGUGGAGAUUGA